AUGUCCAGGACGACAGAUAUGUGGCGAUGGACUUGCCUCAUUUCCCCACUUCUCCUCUGUGCUGUGACGUCGCCUUCGGUCAGUCGGCCACCGACGUCCCACCCAAAGAGACCUUUCCUCACCUUCACUGUGGACAAGGCCGACGAGUAUUUGAACCACUUGGUGGUAGACGAGAGGAAAGGGCAUAUUUAUGUGGGGGCCGUCAAUCGGAUCUACAAGCUUUCCGGCAACCUGAAGGUGCUGGUGACUCACGAAACAGGUCCUGAUAUCGACAACCCCAAAUGUUACCCUCCAAGACUGGUCCAGCCCUGUAACGAGCUGUUGACGUCCACCAACAACGUCAACAAAAUGCUCCUCAUAGACUACAAGGAGAACAGGUUGAUCGCCUGCGGUAGUUUGUACCAGGGGAUCUGCAAACUCCUGCGGCUGGACGACCUGUUCAAGCUCGGGGAGCCCUUCCACAACAAGGAGCAUUACCUCUCCGGGGUCAACGAGAGCGGCUCGGUUUUCGGAGUGAUUGUCUCGUACAACAACAUGGACGACAAGCUGUUCAUUGCCACCGCGGUGGACGGCAAGCCGGAGUACUUCCCUACCAUCUCCAGUAGGAAGCUGCCCAAAAAUUCGGAGGCGGACGGGAUGUUCGCUUAUGUCUUCCAUGACGAGUUUGUCGCCUCCAUGAUCAAGAUCCCGUCGGACACCUUCACCAUCAUCCCCGACUUUGACAUCUACUACAUCUACGGCUUCAGCAGCGGUAAUUUUGUCUACUUUCUGACUCUCCAGCCUGAGAUGAUUUCUCCGCCUGGUUCCACCACUAAGGAACAGGUCUACACCUCAAAGCUGGUUCGCCUCUGCAAGGAGGACACGGCGUUCAACUCGUAUGUCGAGGUACCUAUCGGCUGUGAGAAGAACGGAGUGGAAUACCGAUUGCUCCAGGCGGCGUAUUUGUCCAAGGCGGGGUCCAUCCUGGCCAGGUCUUUGGGUAUCCGGCCGGAGGACAACAUCCUCUUUGCCAUUUUCUCCAAGGGACAGAAGAGGAAAAUGAAGUCCUUGGACGAGUCAGCACUGUGCAUAUUUGUCCUGAAGAACAUCAACGAUCGUAUCAAGGAGAGGUUGCAGUCCUGCUAUAGGGGCGAAGGGACACUGGAUCUGGCCUGGCUUAAAGUGAAGGACAUUUCCUGUAGCAGUGCGCUGUUGACCAUCGAUGAUAAUUUCUGUGGCCUGGAUAUGAAUGCCCCACUUGGAGUAUCGGAGAUGGUGCGAGGUCUCCCCAUCUUCACAGAAGAUCGGGACAGCAUGACGUCAGUCAUUGCUUACGUCUACAAGAACCACUCUCUGGCUUUCGUGGGCACCAAGAGCAGCAAGUUGAAAAAGCAUCUCCCCAAAGGUUCUUCCCACAUCGCCGGUUCUCGAGUUUUGCAGCGUUUUGCGUCCGUCAUCCUCGCCAUGGUAUUUGUCAACCCUAAUAAUCGAGUCAUCUUCAACGGUAGCCCCAUGUUGAGCAUGUUGCCAUAA